ACACCUCGCCCAUGCCUGUUUUUUUUUUUUUUUUUUCAAUGGUUCAGUUUUAAUCUUUAUCUGUGCCAUCUUGUUAUAAUAGAUGUAUAUUCAUUCGUAAAGAGUUUCUCUUUUUCUUUCUUAAAAAAACAAAAACAGGUUUUCCAGACAAUGCAGGGACAGAAUUCAUUGUCGGGUUCAUGUCUACAGCCAGUACUGAAAAUGGAGGUGAGCUGUUCAUUAGCAAUCCGCAUUCUACCGACGUAAGGGUUUCUAUUUGGUCUCAAGUAACAGGUACACAAACAAUAACUGUAACCUGCCACACAGUUGGAACGGUUUAUCUAUCAAGUAAUGUUCGAGCUGAUGCUGACGAACUAAAAGAAUCUAAAGGCAUUCUCAUUACUUCUACCAAGGAUGUGGUAGUAAGCGGUUCAAACGCUGAAUCUGAAUCGUAUGACUCCUUCAUGGCGUUACCGACAGACGUACUUGGUACAAACUAUUCUGCCGUAACGUUCGUUCCUAGUGUCCAGGCUUGUCAAGUCUUAGUCGUAGGCGUCAACAAUGAUACAGAUGUUUCUGUCACCCUGGGAUCGGCUCUAGGUGAUGCUAAGGUCACAUAUGGCACGGUUGAAUAUGCUGCCGGAAGUACGAUCAAUGUAUCUCUGAACCGAUUCGAAAUGUUUCAAUUGCAAAGUUCGGGAGACCUUAGCGGGACUCGCAUCAUCUCGAACCACGACGUCGCCGUAUUCAGUGGGAACAUAAACACCUACGUCGGAAGUAAAACGCAUCUGGGUUCACACCUUGUUGAACAGCUGACACCAGUGAAAACAUGGGGGAGAACGUUUAUUUUAGCACCGAUCCCUUAUACCUAUGUAUCAGUUUUUUUCUUGUUCUUAGCAAGUGAAGAUGGAACUACAAUACAGGUGACAGGUGAUUUUGAAUCCAUGAAUUAUGACGUUGAUGCAGGGGACACGAUUCAGAUAGAAUUUCCGUAUAGCCGUAUCGGUCACCUAGUUGCAAACAAGCCGAUUUCUGUUUUUGAGUAUUCCCAAGGCUACACUGAUUUAUUUUCGUCUAAAAACCCCACGAUGAUUUUAAUUCCUCCUAUCGAACAAUUCGCCACCACUUACACGUUCGGAACACCCAGUAACAGCGUUUCUAACUAUUUCGUUUUCAUGAUAAAAAAAGAGGAUUACGAAGGUUUGAAGUAUGACGGAGGAAAUUUUCCACUCAGCUCUGUGUAUCUGAAGACCAUGCCUGAGAGUGAGUUUGUGACAGGAAGCAUCUUUAUAUCUACUGGGUCUCACAUUGUGCGUCAUAGUUCGCCUUAUGUGACGUUUGGUGGAUUCCUGUAUGGCUCUGCUCAAGGAUAUAAAACAUACGGAAUUCCAAUUGGAAUGCGGAUGGUCGCCAUCAACAGUCUAUGUUUAAAGUCUGAUUCUGAUAUCGGAGAUGGAAAAGAUAACGAUUGCGACGGCAGGAUCGAUGAGGAGUUUUGUCCCGUAGGUGGAAACGUUUCAGAUAUUGACGGCGAUGGACAUUUUAACGAGGACUGUGUCGGAAUCCCUGAAGUUGAUGGACAAUGGAGUGCGUGGUCCAAUUAUACUACUUGUUCCCGAUCCUGUUUUGACGGGUGGACCUACGGAACUAAGAGUAGAUAUCGACGAUGUACAAAUCCAGCUCCUGCCACAUGUGACGGGAAAUGGUGUAAGGGAGACGUAUUCGAAACAGCACCUUGUCCUGAGGACUUCCGGUGUCCAAUUGACGGAGGCUGGACAGAUUGGUCUGGAUGGAGCGCAUGCUCAGUAACAUGUUCAGUGGACGGAUCGGAAGUGACGGACGUGAAAGUACGAUCACGAAGAUGCACGAAUCCCAGUCCUCAGUAUAACGGAGAACCGUGCUCAGGAUCAACUAGUGAACAACUGAGUUGUCUUCAGAAGUCAUUGUGUCCCGCUGAGGUGGCAUCCACUACGAACAUACAAGCUGACACCGUAUCCAAUACUGAAAUAUCCACUAAUUACGUGUCCACUACAACAACCACCUCUGAGGACGUGUCUACCACCACAGAGGCCACUGGUGACAUGUCAACUACCACAGUUGCCCCUGGUGACGUGUCUACCACCACAGUUCCCCCUGGUGACGUGUCUACUACCACAAUUGCCGCUGAUGACAUGUCUUCUACCUCAGUUGCCACUGGUGACAUGUCAACUACCACAGUUGCCCCUGGUGACGUGUCUACUACCUCAGUUGCCACUGGUGUUGUAUCUACUACCACAGUUGCCACUGGUGACAUGUCCACUACCACAGUUGCCUCUGGUGACAUGUCCACUACCACAGUUGUCGCUGAUGACGUGUCUACAACCACAAUUGCCAAUGGUGACGUGUCUACUACUUUAGUUGCGGUUUAUGGCAUACCCAGUACUAAUUCUGUUUCGGAGGACAUUUCGACUGGUUAUAUCAACACCAAUGGCUUGUCGGCUGCUGUACCUAUCAUUGAUAGCUCUCAAACUCCAAUGACAUCGUUUCUAGAUUCUGAUGACGUUUCCGCUUCUUUUCACACACACCUGUUUACUUCCUUUUCUAACUCGUUAUCUAGCACCACAGCGACCAUGACGUCUGGUUUAGUCCAACAACUACUGACUACCUCUGUUUAUUCACCGAUGAAUUUGAUAACGAAUACCCAACAAACCUCACCUGUCAUACCAUCUGAUUCAAACAUUUCGGCGGUGACUGAUGUCUCCAACCAAUCCCAUUCUACCGCAUCAACAUCUGUGUUCUGUGGUUGCAAUUGGUAUUCUUGUGACAAGCCUGGCAUAGACGAACUCCGUAAAAUGGUAGAAGAGUUGAAGUCCAAAUUACAAAUCUUCCGAAACCAGACAAGUCGUUACAAACGCAGCCUAACUUCGGCAGAGGACAUUCGUGUUUCAGCCCAAGCAACUGGGUAUGCUGGUUCCAUAAUUCUGGUUGGUCUAGGGAUAUUCUUGAUAGUUGUGGAUAGAAGAAAUCUACUGGAUAUGAUAACCGUAAUGAAGAGAAAUAUUUGCUGUCGUUAGCUUGUUCUGGAAAUGACGUUAGAAGUCCAGCUGGUUGAUCAAUGAACUCUUUCCUUCGCGGCCUCCAGUACAGAUUUAAAAAAAACAAUUUUAUGAAACAUGCACAGGGGAAAAUAAAACACCGACAUUUUCCUCCCUGCAAAUUCCGUAUGGCCGAGUUCUGUUAGCAAAGUUAACCGGAAAUGAACCGGACUUGUUGUCUUAAUUCCUGUUCUUCUUCGUCUUCACUCGUCUCUCCAUCUCUUGACCAUGUAAAUAAGUGUUGUUUAUUCAAGGGAUAUAUCUCUACUUUCUUCACCUUGUCUUUUUUGUAUAAUGUCUGUGCUACCAUCAUGAUAUCCUAUGGAAGCAAUCUUUUUCCUUGUGCAAUUGACGUGUUCAAUUAUCUUAAGCAUGCAUAGCAAUUUUGUUACGUUGCCCGGUUUUCUUUUAUAUUUUUCAAGUUGAUGACUUCAUUCCACGUCCGAAUAUGUGGCUUUAGUAGUUUUUGUUUUUUCUCUUUAUUUUCUUUUUCACAUCAGCUUAACUGAAGUAACAUGUCUUUCUUUAUAUCUAAAUAAUGUAAUUAAUUAAAGUUGUUUGUAUUUUUUCUUCUUUGAACAUUAUUGCGUUAUGUUCUUUCACAUUACAAAGUAGUGGAAAGCUUCCAUUUUUGACAAAGUGAUUUGUCAAUUUCUUAAAAUUACAACCAGGCGAAGCACGUUACUUCGACGUCAGUGGGGUCAUGAAAAAUCGAGAUAUACCAAGUAUUCGAGUUAACCGGAUAUAAUUCACAUCAUAAUUUUAAUUACUUUAAUUUUUUACUUCAAGUUUUACAUGGUAUUAAAAUUAUCUGAUUUCGGGAUUACAAAGUUUGCCUGUAUCUGAUUUAAAUAAUUCCAAUCAGCAAUGUUUAAACCCAGUACGACUAUGAGAAUAUAUUGGCAAUAUAUUUUGCAUCUAUAUCAUAACAUUAGCACAGUUACAUUUCUAUAGCCCUCAUUAUAUUCAUCCCGCCAUUGAUCACAGUUUUAGUGCUAAACAUUGCUUUAUUGUUUAAAAUAUAUUCGUUGGAUGUAUGUUUGCAGAUAAGGGGUGCAUAUCACCUUAGCAGUUACCUCCCUUGGACCGGGUGGGGUAUAGCCGUGGGCUAUUUGAACCCCGUAAUGCUGAAGAGCAUGGUGCUGAAAAGCUAUGGCCAACAACCCGUUGAGAACAUGACUUGGAGGUAUGGCUGACCUGAAGCUCAUGGGUACCAUAGCCUGGUCGCUCAAGUGUCCAGGAGUCGGCAAGAGUUGGGAGUUACAUCACUUAGGCUUGGGGUUCGACUUGCUGUCUUACCCUGGGCCAGAUAGAGUUGAUGUAUGCAGUCCAGCUAACCCUUGGUUCUGGGGUUGGAUUGACCGAUUUGUGGUGUAUAGCAGUAGUCUGGCAUCAUUAAUAGUCCAUGUUAUUAUGUUAUUACAUGGUGUCAGUUUACUGCCAUAGGCCCAAAGGUUGAAACCGAUAAAGUCACAAGCAACCAAUUAGAUAAAGGUGGCGGUGGGGAGGUGGAUGGUAUGACUGUUUGUUCCAGCAGUUAGAACAACAAUGGCAAUUUGGAUAGAAUUUCUGAGGAGAAAUUGACAUUAGCCAUGUGACCGAGCGUGGUCUUCUGAUUGGAUCUCUUGACAUCCUUACCUUGUUAGUAAGGGGCUGUUUAAUUAGAAUAUGUAAAUUAGGUGCAGGAGUGAAACCUCCCUUCAUAGAUAAUCGUAGGGUCAGGGAGGUCAUGGAUAGAGCCAGACUGGUCAAGACUGAGUGAUAAGGGUAAUUAGAUUCCCCCAAGAUAACAUCUGCAUGCAAGUCUUAUCUGUGCCCAUUACAUUCAGACUGGGAAGUUGCUUUGAUAAGGUUUGUUUAUCUGAGAGACAGAGAACAUAAAGACUAGCAGGUGCUUUGAGUAUAUAUUUGCACAUGUGUGCAGUUGACAAGCGGACAUGAGAUGUCCUUUGAUACAGUUUAUUUAGCCUUGGCAUGACCUGUACUGGUCAGCAAGGAGGAGCAUAAAUCUCCAAAAGCUUCAAGUGAAGCCAUGCAGUAUGUUAAAUUGACUGUGUUUGGAUGACAGGCAGGCCCCAUAUCUGCUGUGUAAACCUGCCUAAUAUUUAAUAUUAGACUUUAAUUUACACAACAAAAUAACAAACGAUGUAAGAUAAAUUUACAGUAUUUAUUAAAAAGUUUGCAGAUAAGGGGUGCAUAUCACCUUAGCAGUUACCUCCCUUGGACCGGGUGGGGUAUAGCCGUGGGCUAUUUGAACCCCGUAAUGCUGAAGAGCAUGGUGCUGAAAAGGUAUGGCCAACAACUCGUUGAGAACAUGACUUGGAGGUAUGGCUGACCUGAAGCUCAUGGGUACCAUAGCCUGGUCGCUCAAGUGUCCAGGAGUCGGCAAGAGUUGGGAGUUACAUCACUUAGGCUUGGGGUUCGACUUGCUGUCUUACCCUGGGCCAGAUAGAGUUGAUGUAUGCAGUCCAGCUAACCCUUGGUUCUGGGGUUGGAUUGACCGAUUUGUGGUGUAUAGCAGUAGUCUGGCAUCAUUAAUAGUCCAUGUUAUUAUGUUAUUACAUGGUGUCAGUUUACUGCCAUAGGCCCAAAGGAGUAUGAGAGACAUGGUUUAUAAGCAUGUGAUGAUACGAGGACCCCAAAGAGGGAAUGUAGGGUAUGAGACACCUUUAUCCCCGGCGCCACCGGGAGAAUAUGACAUAAUUGAGAAGAUAUACAGCAAGUCAUAGACAAAUUCUGGCAGAAUGCCUCAGUAAUGAAUAUAGUUAUUGUCCUAAGAGGUACUUAGGUGUAAAAGAAAACAGGGUCCUAAUGUCAAAGACUAGUAAACCUUAGUUUGGUUCUGUAUCCCAAUUCGGAAUGUCCAGAUGUAAUCCUUACAAGAAUGCUGGCCUGCAUGGCUACAGAAAGUGUUCUGUUACCUUCGUUUCUGUUAGUUGUUGAGUAUGAGGGCCGUAAUAGUACCGUUUAGAUAUACUCGCCCUAAACGAAUACACACAUAUAUCCCAUCUGAAUGGCGACAGAUAAGAACAUUUACACACAUAUAAAUCCAAUGGAAUAUGCACAUAAAUCCUGUGUGAAUGAUGACAGAUUAGCACAUCAAUAUACUUGUUAAUCCAGUAGAAUAUAUAGUACUCAUUAUAGAUAUACUCGCCCUAUAAAGAGUACACACUUAGACACUCCUGAACACAGAAGGCAGCCACUAGGCUACUAAGUAUCAGGUGAAAUCUUGCACAUUUCUGCUUGAGCUUUCCGGAGAAUAUGAUGAGGGGUGCGGAUGUAUCGACAGUAGCUAUCCGAUUGCCAGCGUCCGAGCACUUUGAUGAGGUGAUCGGGGACAUCUGACUGGGUGGCAGUAGUUGCGGUUCCUAUUCUGAAGGAAUGUCCUGUGUGUAGUGAAUGAUUUAGACCUAGUCGGAUCAUUAGGUCUGUCUUAGUUUGUUGAUGAAAACAUGUCGAGUCAAGGCAGCAGAAUGAAUGGAAAAUAGGGGGUCCGAAGGACGACAACCGUUCGUAAAUCUUUCUGUCAGCAUUCUGAUGACAGUGGCUACAGCACAUACAUGGUGAUGGGUGCGGAACAGGUGAAUAGUGACUCCUUGUCGAAAGGGGUCGGUUUUGGACGCCUAGAGGCGCAAUGACAUGCUGUUACUGGUGCUACUUGUAUGUCACUGAUACACAAGUGAAUUGAAGAAUCAAAUAUGUUAGUGGUGCAUGUGAAUUCUCCACACCGUAAGAACGAGAAGAAGGCCACACA